AUGCCAGCCGGGUUAAUUGAAGUAUUGUGGAAGAGGGCGUUAGAUGAAUACACAGUCACAACUGGUGUGAAUAUGGACGAUGAAGAUUGCAAAGCUAUCUUGGGGAAGAUUGUGAACUUUUGGAGUGAUAAAGCUAAAACUAAAGGAACCUCGGGCACGGAAGAUUUUAUCCCAGCAGAUGAUGAAAGCGACUUUCCUCACACUCCUUUUAUGCAUCGUAGUAGCAAUGGUGGGAGUACUAGCGACGGUGGUGGCGAAAAUAACAUCGCUGAUUUAGUCAUGAACUAUGCCGUCAAGUUCGACCGUGCGCGUCACAAGGACGCCAACGCCUGGGACAAAAUACGACAUAACCUUGCGAAAUACCUAUCUGUUGCAUCGGGGCUACUCUCAGUCGCCGGUGAGCUGGCUAGCCUCGCGUUUCCACCAGCGAGCAUCCUUAUCGUCGCUGUUACCCGCGCUGGUGACGCCAUAUACACGGUCAGCAAAGAUCUAGAUACCGUCAAGGAGCUCUUCGAAACAAUGAUCUCCUUCAGCGAAAGAGUCAACUUACUUAAAAAAAAACGUACCAUCAGAGCCCCCAUAUCAAAAGAUGGUCGUUGA